GCCUCAGGGGUGACUCGACCAAACAGUCAAAGUCCGAAGUCCAGUUUUCCAUCAAGUCAUUUUCAGAAAAUUACAAUAGAUGAUUGCAACUCUCGACCCCGCAAUGUAUCAUUUGUCACCACUCAAAAUCACUCAAGUUGUUAAUCGGAAUGAUCUUUCCAGUGUCAUUUCAUGAGCCAUCUUAAUGAGCGCAAUAUUAUCCACAGUAUUUUAAACAUUCAAACUUGAUUUCGUGCUCAAAGCAUACCGAAUGUAUAAUUUUAAACCAGUCGUUCAGAUCACUUGACAUUGAGAUGGCUCUUGAAUAUUGCUCAAAAGAGCAGGAAUAUCCUCAUUGCUUCUACCCUUUUCUUGCAAUUGCAACAUCUACCAUUACUCACACAGGCAUAUUAUUCAAAAGACCGUGGAGAAAAUUGUCACCACCUCCAAAGAAAACUUCAUCAACAACCUCAACUAUGUAUUUAGUUACGAAGACUUCUAGCUACGAAAAUUCAAGUAACGCAUCACACGAUGAAACUCCUGCCGUAAACGGUUUGCGUCCAAAACCAGCAUACACAGUCAAAAUAUUCCCCGCAGCUCACAUCGAGAGUAUUCCAGAAUCUUCACUGGGAGAGAUCUCGACAGAAGUUCAAAAGCUCUAUAUAUGGGCAGCACAUGUCUGGCAUCAUGGAAAUACAAGUCGUCCAAUCUCUGAUGAAUCGGAAGAUUCUAUCUACAGGAGAGAUAAGUGCAAAGACGGAUGUGUUGGCUAUAUCUACUCUUGGACUUGUAAAAAGGGAUGGAAAUAUGGCCAUGUAUUCGUCGACGUGUUAUGUGGAAGUAAAUGCAUAACUUGCCCUGGAAGCAGUGGUUCGAAUUUCCCUACCACGAUACCUCAACUUCAAAGUAAAGAUGGCGCGAGAUCCGGAUAUUGUUAUACAUGUGAAAGUGGAGGAUGGAUGGCCAGAUCCACUAUUUAUAGAUUAAAAGGCUCUGUUGCAGCUGGAUCUGGAAGAGCUACUGUAUUUGAAAGAGUUGAAUAUGGGAUCGGAAGGCCUCUCAUGUACGGAUUAUAGGGAUAAUGGACAUGGAAGAUUAGAGGAGGUACGUAAGCUUUACGAUUAGAAGACCGGUUUUACGUGGAGUGAAAUGUUAUGUUGCGUCAGGCGCGGGAUGACAUUCUCCAAAUAGAUGGUGUUACA